GGCAUCAGACCUUAGGCGCUGGAUGUGUAUGAGCUGGUUUUUGCUGAUAAUUCAGAUUUGAGCCAAUUGAGUUGACUGGACCAAUGGGUGGAAAGAGAGAAAAGAAGAAAAGGGCUUCCAUGACGUCAACGCUCACCGCCAGUCAGUCAGCGAGCGCAGGCCAAAGUAUUGAUUUUUUGUUUCCCCUCCUCCCGGUGGAUGCGCGUCGUGAGCGCCUCCAGGCGGAGCACCAAUGAAGACAAGGUGAGGACUCUUGGAUUUUGGUUUCAUCCAGUCGAGUCGCAAGUCGAGGAGAAGGUGAAAGCGUUUUUCUUUUGGUGGUCAUCUUUUCCUUCCCCCUUGUUAAUAACGAGACACACACACAAUUAUUGCCCAAACAGUUGCAGCGAGGAAUGAUGGAUCGGUGAAAUCCACGUCCAUAGUCCUGGCAUCUUUUGCAUUCUCCCAAAACAGUUUUGAAUUUGAUCCUCACACUCACAGUUAAUUAGCUUCGUCGUCGUCAUGGCCUCCAAUCCAUUUGGGAGUUACUACCCGUCCGACUCGACGGACCAACAACAACAACAGUCGUCGGCCUAUCCGGACUCGAGCAGCUACGCGUACGAUGGAUCGAGCGCUGGACUGAUGAGCGGGGCUGGUGGUGAUGGCGGGACAUUUCCAUCGUCAGGUAACAAUUUCCAGCAGCACCAGCCGAUGGGCACGGGAAUGGCCGAAGUGGAUUUGGCCAAAUACCCGGAGCCGAAGGAGAGCACCAAAAAGAUCCGCGGGCGUGCGGAUCUCAUCGAAUACUUUUUCGGCGGCCCAGUCAACCGGGAGCUGCUGAUCGCCAAAGCGUUUUACUUUUGCUUCUUCUCGGCUUUUGGCUCCCUCCUACCUCUGAUGGCCAUCUACUUCAAAAACAUGGGCAUGACCCCGACCCAGGCCGGAAUUCUCAUCGGCAUCCGGCCGUUUGUCGGCUACCUCAGCGCUCCCUUCUGGGCAGACUUGGCCGAUCGAUUCAAGAAGGGGAGGAUCAUGCUACUUGGCUCCUUGGCCGCCUGGAUCAUUUUCAAUGUCCCGAUUGGCUUCAUCCGGCCUCCGGCAACGUCGUGUCUCGUCUACAACGCGACGGGAUUCUACAUCGAAACUCCCAAGGGCCUCGUCAACCGCAUCGACAAGCGAAGCAUCUCGCCGUCGGAUUAUUUGGACGAUUUCGAGACGGAGAACUUCAUGGCCGGAUGGACGCCCCGCCCACCUCAGUGGGUCGAGGACCAGUUGGCCCAUCAGUCGGGCGACGGAGCGGCCAGGAAAGUGCCGUGGGACCAGCUGCUGGCCAUGGAAGAAGAGGAAACGCUCGACAUUCCGCUGAUGGCCGAUUACGACGACGGGCAGGUGGUGGAUCAAAUGGUGCGCGUCCGUCGCCACAUUGACGUGCCGAUGAAGCCAACCCACGAAGUGGGCAUCUCGCCGUACACGGUGGACUUUGCCAAAAAUUACGAGGCGCUGGGCAGCAACAGCCAACUGGUCUCGCCCACCUUCUCGUUCACCAUCUUCAACCGCAACGACAUCCGCAAAGUGUUUUUCCUCUUCCUGCUGCUCAUCAUCAUUGGCGAAUUCUUCUGCUGUCCCAGCAUGACCCUGGCCGACUCGGCCGUUCUCAACCUGCUGGGCAAAGAGAACGCCGAUCAAUACGGCCGCCAACGAAUGUUUGCAUCCAUCGGAUGGGGAUUGACCAUGUUCUUUGUUUGUCUCACUCUCGACCACUCGCAACCCACACAAGGACCCACUCAUCCCUGCGAGGUGCAUCACAGGGAGAGGGUGUACACGGUCUGCUACAUUUCGUUCACCACGUUCAUGAUUGGCACGAUGAUUGUGGCCACCCGGUUGCCCUUCACCUACGACUCGGAACCCCAGGAGAAUACGCAAAACGCCGCCACCGUUUCAUCGCCUAUUGAGGAAGGUCCGUAUGUUCCUCCGGCUCCCGGUUCCUGGUAUCAUCCGAAACCGGCCCCUCCGCCGCCUGGAUCCCAACACCAUCACUCGACUAAAGAAGUGAUGAACGACGCCCUGAAAAACCUCCUGGGAAAGAGCAAAGUGUUUGCCCAGACGACCAGCAAGAUCCCCGAAUGGAUGCCCGUCUUGCGUCACUUUGCCAACAUUCGAUGCGCUUCGUUCAUGUUCGUCGCCUGGUUCAUGGGUUUUGGCAUCGGACUCAUCUUCACUUUCCUCUUCUGGCACUUGCAGGAUUACGGAGGCACUUCGACCGUCUUUGGCAUGGCGUCGGUCGUCAACCACAUUUCGGAAAUGUUGGCUUACUUUCUCAGUUACCCGCUCAUCCGCAAAAUCGGCCACAUCAAGGUGUUGUGUUUGGGUUUGCUGUGCAGCGUCUUGCGCUUCCUCUACAUUUCAUACAUCCAAGAACCCUGGGGCGUCAUCCCCUUUGAGUUGAUCCAAGGUGUGACUCACUCGGCCGUCUGGGCCGCCGCUUGCUCCUACAUCGCCCACAACACUCCGCCGGAAUUGCGCGUCUCCGCUCAAGGAGUUUUGUCAUUCAUUCAUAACGGAGCCGGACGCGCUUGCGGAACCAUUUUCGGCGGACUCUUUUCCACUUAUUACGGUACGACGGCCGUGUUGCGUGGCUACGGAUUCGCCUGCAUCUUUGUGCUCGUCGGAUUCUGCCUCGUCUGUUUCUAUCACCGAGGCAAAGGAUUAACCGCCGAUUUGACUCCAGCUGAAGAUCCUCACCAAGUUGCAGCGGAAAUGGCCCAUCUGGCUCCUCACGGUGUCCCCGGCAAUCCGACCAUCGUCCGCACCGCUUCCACUGCCAAUUUGGAUCAUUCCAAUAGCAAAGCCACGCUAAAUUACAAUACCAGUCACGGUAACUUGGACAUCCCCACCCUCGGCGGUAUGGCCCAGCCGACGAAUCCCUUCCUGCCAGCAGGGGGCAGCAACCAGCACCACCACCACGCGCCGAGUUCAUUUGGUUACGUCGCCGAGGCCGAGGAAUACAGCGGAAUCUCAAUGAACCCGACACAAAGCGGCGGAUCAGUCAACUUCUCAUCCGGUUCAGGGUAUGGCAACAACACCACUCAAUACAACAAUAGUCAAUACUAAAAACGAAAAAAGUAGCGCGGAGCGACCGUAGAACAAAAACAAGAAGAAAGAAUGUUGUGUGUAGAUGGAACAAACAAAAUUGUUUUGUAAUUGAAAAAUGUUCAGUUUUUAUUCUAUUAUAUAAGUGACUUUUGAAACAACUUCAGUGUAUUAUCUCUCCAAUCACCUUCAGACCCAGUUUAUAUGAAUUCUGCACCGUUACACGUAUAUAUUCAUGGUGUUAUUAAUCAGGUUAACUUAAUUAACGUUUGAAUUGCAUUUUAUUCACUCCCCUCCCCCUUUUUUUGUAAUGUAAUAAUUUCCCUUCGGAUUAACUGAUAACUGAACUGAAACCAAACAACCGGUGUCAUUAUUAUUAGCAAUACUUUGUCGCGCUCCAUUUUCGCAUUCUCUCAUUUGGUUUCAAGUUUAUUUUGAUUUCAAUUACGCCGUUGCUUGGACGUUCGUACAGCCUCUAAUAACCAAAUACUCGAUUGAUAUAAGUUUUCAUUUGGCAAGUGAAGCAAAAAUAAGAAUCGAUUACUCUCGUCCGUUUGUUUUGUCACUGUUCUCCUCACGCCAUCUCGAGAUUAAUUCACUCCACCGGUCAUAAGUUGUUGGGGAUAGAAUUGAUGGUCUUGUUAUUUUACAUUUAGCCUGGGAGAGAUGCUGCACUCUAUAAUAUUGUGUUGUUGUGGCUUUCCUUAAUUCAUUCCUUGUUUGUCGAUUGAUUAUUCCCACCGCCCUUGCCCUCCAAUGGAUGUUAAAUUAUUGGCGCUGUGUUCGAGCAUCGAGUUGAUUGUUGGUUCUGAUUUUAGAUGUCAAACAUCCGCCGUCGUCAUCAUAUCCGUUUCGGUUGAAAAACUAAAAAAUGCAUCCGUUUACAAAAUA